AUGUUGUCUCCACCUUGCGAGUUCGCUGGACAGCUGUCCCCAGAGCUGGAUAAGGUGGCGCUAGUUCCAGCGCUAGGUGACAGUGCGGCCUGCAGAUCCUAUCAUAAUUUGUCCAAUGUGACUGUUAGGCCAGCAGAUAUGGAGCUUGCUGUAACUUCAGAGCCUACUGGGGAGGUCAAAUCUUCUCCAGCUCAGCAGAAGGCCCCAGCUCAGCUGCCAGGCUCUCCCGAGGAGACUGAAUCUUCGCCCCAGGAGCAGAAGCAGCCAGUUCAACAUUCUGAGGCUCCUGAGGAGGUAGAACCUUCUGGAAGCCAGCUGGAAGCUCCACCUCAGAUUGAAAAUCCCCUGGAGGAAUUCAAACCUUCAGUCCAGGAAGAUGCUCAAGCUUCAGAGGCCCUUCUGGAGAGUACAGGUAAAAUCCCACUACUUCAGCAGGUGACACUCAGCUUGCAAAGUUUCCCAGGGAAGACAAACCUCGGGUCCAGGAAAACACUCCAGCUUCAGUGUUCCCUCCGGAGAGUGUGGAUUAAGUCACAAUUUCAACUCAGGUCACCAUCAAGCCAAGUAUUGACACUGCCCAAGGUGACUGUGACACCUUCAGACCUGCAGCUCACCAGGACACCUGCACCCACUGCAGAGGUGGGAACUUCCCUAACCCACCAUGAGGCUACAGCUCAACCCUCAGUUCCACUGGAUAAUGUGGAACCUCCUGUGAUGCAGAAGGAGGCCCCAAGUCUGCCUCCAGAUCCCUCUGAAGGAGUUGAACCCUUACAUUUCCAACAGGAGGCUCCAGCUCCAUCUUCAGAACCUGUUCAGGCUGAGCAAACCUCUCCAGCCAGCAGGAGACCACAGAUGGGACCUAGGCUUCUGAGGAGGGUGAACCUUCUUAAACCCAGCAGGAGGCCACAUCUGUACAUCCCUCAAGAAGCUACAGCUCAGCCUCCAGAGCUCCCCAACAUCACCAGGGAGCUCUAGAACAUCACAAGGCAACAGUUUGUCCUCUGGAUGUUGACCAAGUGCAGCCUCCAGCAUUGGACUGUGUCACUGUUAAGCCUCCAGAGGUGACUAAUGAGGUUGAGACUGAAAGUUCAGCAGAAGAGGAGGCCCCUGAGCAGUUUGGACCUUUCACUGACAAGCAAGCGGUUCCAACUCAGCAGUCCAACCCUGCCAUGAAGGAUGAACCUUCUGCAUCCCAUAGCAGGGUCCCAAGUCAGCCUGCAGAGCUUCCUGAGGAUUAUUCUCCAUGCCAGCAGGAGAGCUCAGCUUGGUCCCCAAACCCCCCUGCUGCACCCGUCCAGCAACAGCUCUCAGCUCAGCAGUGGGGCCCUCUGUGAGCACUACUGUUGUUUUCACUUUGGCGAAAGCAUAACAUUUUCAACCCAACCGUCAGAGCUACCCAAGCAAAUAGAGCCAUCUCCAGUGCCCCAGGAGGCUGUCGACACAGCUUCAGGGCCACCUAAUGAGAUGGAACCUUCUCCAGCUCAGCAGAGGCUGCCACCUCAGCCUGAAGAGCUCCCUGAGGGGAAACUCCUUCCAGGGCUGCUGCCAGCCCCAUCUCCCCCUCCAGAGCUUCCCAAGGAGCUCCAACUUUGUCCAACCCAGCUGGGGGAUCCAUCUCAGUGUCCAUAUGAGCCACCCAAUGAGAGCGUAGCUCACCCUCCAGCCCAUUAUGAGAGGACAGUCCCACCACCAGCUCAGGAGCAAGCUCUGCUGCCACGACUGCCCAGUGUUGCAUCUCAUCCUUUGGACUUGGAAGUCACCAUCGUGCCAAAACCCAGUGCAGAUGGUGAACUUCCUGGAGAAGUCUGCAGCUGUCCCUCCAAGGCACUGCUGGGUGACGCUUCCACAACCAAACCUGAUUCCGGUGACAGCUGGACCUCUGAGCCCGGAGCUCAGCAGAAGUCCACCAUGGGCUUCAGAAGCCAGAGCUUCUUCGAUUGUGCAGGAGCUUUCCUCUCGGCCUCCAGACCCAGCUAAGGAGGUCGUCACUCAAGCGCCAGUGCCUGGUGAGACAAGAAUUCAAACAACAGGUCAAGAGCUUCCUCAGCAGCCAACACCACCUGGGGUCACAGGCCAGCCUUUGGAUCAGGGGCUGACCACAGCUACGAUGCUCACCAGAGACGCUGCAGAGCACACAGCUCCUCCUUCAAUGCGCCCCGGAGCGACACUUCCACAUCCAAGGCAAAUGCCCCGUGUCUGGAUCUCCAACUGAGUCACAUCAUCAAAUCCCUCUGGGUGACAGAUUGUCCGAUCUGGGGUUGGGGCCUGGCCAUCUUCAGCGAGGGGCACCUCACUCAGCCACCACACUCCGUGUAAAAAAUGCUUAUCCCAUCACGCCCCUGCUGAAAGUUUCCCACACUCUGUCCUCACACUUCAGGAGAAAAUUUGAGAAUCCCCCUACGACUUCUCCAGUAGUGCAGAGAUGGUCCUGAGAGCACAAAAUCUGAAAGUGCUGAGCUGUCAGGAGCUAUGAAGCUGGGCAGGUUACUGGCCUCUCUGAGUUUUGUUAUUCAUCUAGAAGUGGGAGAAAUGCUCAUCUAUCUCACAGACUUAUUGGUGAGGACUAAAUGAGAUAAAUACUGUAAGAAUGGGUCUUCACUGAGUUCCUGGCACAUAAAAAGGCCAAUAAGUGGUAGUCAGUCCUAGAAAUAUUGUAUGAUAUUUUAAUUUUUAUUAAUUUAUUUAAGUCAACAAAUAUUCAUCAGGCAACUUGCAGUACAUCUGUGACAAAAUAGCCAAAGAUUCCACCUAGGGGAGUUCACUCUUGUUGGAGAUAUUCACGUAAGAAAUGAACAAAGAAAUAAAUAAGUGACAAGACAAAAGGGUGAUAUUCGUUCUAGAAGA